AUGGCAGCAAUUAUUCGCUUUUUCAGCAAAAGGUUUCGCCGAAAUCCUCCAGCACCUACUCCAAGCCAUGUAGAAGAACCAGUAUCCGUUAACAAAUCCAAAAAGAUUAAGAAAUCAGAUUUGGAAUGUAAAGUAAUAUAUCUUGAUGGCACUGAGCAGACUUUUUAUGUUCCGAAAAACGCAAAGGGGGCCGAACUUAUCGACAUAGCAUUUGCGUAUGUUGCACUUAUCGAAGAAAAAGAUUAUUUCGGCCUGCGUUAUUCAAGCCAAGUUCCGAUUUGGUUGGACCCGACGAAGGAAGUUCGGAAGCAGUGUAAAAGCGGGCCGCCUUUUCUGUUUUCUUUGAAGGUGAAAUUCUUCGCCUCUGAUCCACACAAUUUGCACGACGAGUAUACGCGGUAUCUUGUUGUGCUGCAACUGCGUGAUGAAAUCCAAAAAGGAGCGGUAACGUGUAAUGACCUACAGCUUGGAGCUGAACUGGCUGCUCUACUUCUCCAAGCCGAAUUCGGUGACUACGACAGGAAACAACAUACACCAGUCUUUGUUUCGACCUUUCGAUUUUUACCAGAAGAAAAACAGACAGAAGAGUUUGAACUCUAUGUGCUGGACAAAUACAGGGAGUUAGCUGGACGUAAUUUAACACCAGCUGCUGCUGAAUCAAUUUAUUUAGAAAAAGUACGCCUACUACCAGAUUAUGGAGUUGAAAUGCACACUGUAAAGGGUAAAGACAAUCAGUUCUAUUCCCUUGGACUUACACCGACUGGUAUAUUAGUGUAUGAAGGACAGAAUAAAAUUGGUUUAUUCUUUUGGCCUAAAAUAUUGAAGUUAGAAAUGAAAAAGAAUAAGCUGAAGCUUUUAGUCGCAGAUGAAGAUGAAAAAAGUCGCAAAGUUACAGAACAUGCAUUCUGUUUUGUUUUACCAAAUGAUAAAAUGUGUAAAAUCUUAUGGAAAAGUGCUGUAGAACAUCAUGCUUUCUUCCGACUAACAGAUCGUGCACCAGUUGAACCAAAAAAGAAACAAUUAUUCCGACUACGUUCACGUUUUCAUCCAUCAUUCAAUACUGAAUAUCAGCUGCAUAACUUGAAUAUGUUUGGAAGUAGUAGUUUUCGUAAACGCAAAAAACCGACUACACCUAGCGUACCAUCUUCACCUGCAAUGUCACCUGCUAAUGUGACACCUUCUUCUAGUCAGAUAUCACCUAUUCAUGGCAAAUCUAAUGUACCACAAACAGUUAGUAAUAAACCAAGUUUCCGUCGAGUACCGAGUAAACGAUUUAAUUCUAGACCAAGUUUUGCAAAACGUGAAGUCAUUGAAGAUAAACGUGUUAAACGUGAGCGUUUAAUGCAAGAAAGAGAACAAGUUAGACAGGAAUUUUUCAAUGAUGGACCUUCUCGUGCAAAUGUAUCCACUAAUUCACCAGUGACGAAAACACGAACACCUGACACAGUUUUGCAUCGUGAACGUGAAAACCUACCACCACUGUCAUCAUCCGUAUCACUGAGAAAACCGCCAUCACCAGUGUUCCAACAGAUUACUACAAAUUCAAACUCUUUGAGACACCCAAACGCACCGAGUAAACCGCCACGGAAGCCGGAAAUUAAGAACAAUCUUCUUUAUAACAAUGUUACUUCUAAAAGUAAACAUUCAUUGUCAUCGGAAUCAAAACAAUGUUUCGAGUACACAGUUUGA